AGGUGUCAGCUCGUGGGGGGUGGUUGCGUCGGCUUCGCUGCGGUCGCUGCAAGCCUUGAAGACUCGCGUGGCCAGGCCGAUGCUGAUGCGAUCAGGCGUCUGAGCACUGUCCUCAGGCUGGGCAGGGCGUGGCAAACGGGCAAAAAGUACUGGCUGGUGAGGACUGGACCGUCGACGUCGCUCGGCUGAGCGCCCCAACUGCGGCGUUGCCAACACGGUACGAGUGGCGCCCGGGCCAUGAUGUCGUAUUGCGAAGAAGGCGGGGGGGAGAGAAAGAGGGGAGGGAAAAGACAGCAUCAAGGUUGAAGAGGGCUUUUCUGAGCCGCGCGCGUCCUAAUCGCAGCACCAGCGCCAUCAACGUCCCUACGGUUGAGGAAAGGCUGGCAUCGCGAACGAACGGUUGCGCACUGGCGCAUCCUGGGGGAAAAAAACGGAUUCGACAGCGUAGAGCAAAUUGGUAGCGGAGUGUGAAAGGAUGGCGGAAGAGUAUCCCGCAAAAUCGGAGAAAAGGAGAGGCGGAGGCAACGAGGGGGGGGGGACCAGAGGCCGACGCGGAGCCGUGCCUCCACGGGGCAGAGAGGCGCACAUUGGUCGGGAGGACGGCGCGCGCGCGCUCCGACGAGGUGCGCGCGGCGGGCGGGAACCGCGGGCUAGCGAGGCGGCCAGGCCGACGGCGGCGAGGCGUCGCUGGGGAGGCGGCGUGUGCGCGAGGCUGCUGGUGGAGGUGGAGAGAGCACAGGGCACGGCGGCGCGCACGCCGCGAGGUGGGGACGCACAAGGACAUGGUGGUACUGCGUGCCCUCCUCGGAGGCGUGCGUCCGGCCCGAGCAUACAGUAAUAGUACAACGAUCACGUAGCAGGUCGUUUCCCAAGCCCGCAACGGAGCAGGUACUGCAAAAUUUCUCGCCGCGCGCGUCGCCCAUGUGAGGGCGACGCGCACAUUGUAUCAAUACGUUUGGGUAGCGCCGAUGGGGGGGCCACGGAGCGGGCCGAGGGAGAGGGCCACGAGAAGCAGGAAGCGGCUCCCGAAUCAUUGGGAGAGAGAGGGGGACUACACAAAAAAGAGCGAGAUUCAGAGACUGGCGCGAACGGCAAGCGUGCCACGCAUCGGGCCCGAAAGAACGUCUCGGCAGCUCUGGCUCUGCGGCAUAUGCAUCAAAUAACGGCACGAGCGAGGAGUAACUGAGCGGGUGCGCGAGCCUGCUGAACGCGCCCUGCAUCUGCACGAGUCUCCUUCUGCAGCCGGAGCCGGCAACAAAAAUAGUCCUUCGUGAGAUUAAAACGAGGCAGCCACCCUCCCUGCCUGGCACCGCCUGGACAUGCAGGAAGAGGCAGUACCGCCCGCUCAUGAGGGCAGACUGGCGGAUCUGCUCUUCUAAAGCGAGCCCGAGUUCCCCCUCGGGGGGUGGGGGGGGAGCUGGCCCCCCCUCCC